AAAAUAACGAAGAAGGCUUUAAUUGAAGAGUUAUAUAGGAAAGUUAAAUAGGCCCCGUGAGUUACGAGUCUUUGACGGCGGAACUAAGUUCGAGAAGUUUGACGGUUAUUUGAAGUUGCGGCACUCACUUCUCCCCAUAAAUUCUCGGAUUCCUCCAUAACUUAGAAAAUCGUGUCUCACGUCUCGAAAAUCUCUCCCCUCUUCCAACUUCCAAGUUUGCUUCUGUAACCAUGGAUUCUUCUUCUCAAACCAAGCCUAAGAAAUCGCUGCUAGUGGUCGGAGGUCCGACCAAUUCUGCAAGUGCUAACCCUAAACCCUACGGUGUCUCUGGUUCGACUUCCGCUGGCUUCUCCAAGCCGGGACUCAAGAGAGAUUCCAAAAAUCACGAUAACGGUGAUGAUAAUAGCUUGUCUAGCAAGAAAGCGAGGACUAUGGUUGACUCUCAGGACGGUAAAACAAUCGUUCCUUUGGAUGUCAGACCGUUGGCGAUUGUGGAACCGCAAACUCCAAAACUUUCUAGACAGUUUUGGAAAGCAGGAGAUGACAUAGAAGACGAGCCUGUGCCUCAUUAUUGUAGCAAUGAUGCGGCUGUUAGGGUUCAUCCUCAAUUUCUCCAUGCCAACGCCACUAGUCACAAGUGGGCACUGGGAGCUUUAGCAGAACUUCUAGACAAUUCUCUAGAUGAGGUCUGUAAUGGGGCUACAUAUGUUCAUGUUGAUUCAACAACAAAUGACAAAGACGGGAAGAGCAGUAUUCUCAUAGUGGAAGAUAAUGGUGGUGGGAUGAAUCCAAAUAGGUUUAGAGAGUGCCUUUCUUUGGGUUAUUCAAGAAAACGUAAUAUGGCUAAUACAGUUGGUCAAUAUGGGAAUGGAUUCAAAACUAGUACUAUGAGGCUUGGUGCUGAUGCAAUUGUCUUCUCUCGUUGUCGAGGAACCAAUGGAAAUAAUGCGACACAGAGCGUUGGUAUGUUGUCAUAUACGUAUCUCUACGAGACGAGAAAAUGCGAAGCCGUUGUCCCCACGGUUGAUUUUGAGUUUGUAGGUAACGAAUGGAAGCCGAUAACCUAUAACUCCACAGAUGAGUGGCUUGAUAAUAUUGAUACUAUAGAGAAGUGGUCUCCUUAUUUAUCCCAACAAGAUUUAUUCAACCAGUUUGAUUCCCUCAAAGAGCAAGGUACUCGUAUCGUGAUUUAUAACUUAUGGGAAGACGACGAGAGGAAGUUGGAACUUGAUUUUGAUACUGAUCCUCAUGAUAUUCAACUGAGAGGUGCGAACAGAGAUGAGAAGAACAUAGACAUGGCGAAAACUUAUCCUAACUCGAGGCAUUUUCUAACGUAUCGACACUCGCUACGUAGUUAUGCAUCGAUUCUGUAUCUCAGGCUUCCGCCAAACUUCAAAAUCAUUCUUCGUGGCAAAGAUGUCGAGCAUCACAGCUUAUUAGACGACAUGAUGAUGACCGAUGACAUAACAUACAGACCUGUGCGAUCUCCGGAAUGCUCACAAGAAGACGACUUGGUUGCUACUCUAAAGAUUGGAUUUGUGAAAGACGCUGCUCAUCGUCACAACGACAUACAAGGGUUCAACGUUUACCACAAGAACCGGCUCAUCAAGCCAUUUUGGAGGGUUUGGAAUGCUGCUGGAAGCGAUGGACGAGGUGUAAUUGGUAUAUUAGAAGCUAAUUUCAUACAACCAGCUCACAAUAAGCAAGGGUUUGAGCGAACCGCUGUUCUUGCUAAACUUGAAAACCGACUCAUAACAUAUCAGAAGAACUAUUGGUUUUCAAGGUGCCACGAGAUUGGUUAUGCUAUAAGGCGGAAGCAAAAUAAACAUGCAAGUGUCGCCACAGAAACUACUCCACAGCGAGAACAGAAAUCCGGAGUAACUCCCAACAAAAAUCAUGAUAAGGGAUCUUUUUCUAAUCCAGCACCAGCUCGAUCCAGGCUAAAUGUUGAUACAUCUGGUGGAAACCGAAACUCUCAUGAGGGUGUUACACAAUCAAGUGUUGCUGGCAGAAACCCUGACAUCUGGCUUAACAACGUGAACCCUGGGAAUGGGAAUGGGAUAAGUUCCAAGGAAACAAGAUCAGUUGAUCACGCAGCCGAGUUGCAGAAGGUGAAAGAUGAAUCAGCCAAACGGAUGGCUGAGUUACAGAGACAGAACGCACUGCUUGAAUCGCAAAUUUCAUUGUCAAAUACGAACCAGCUCAAAGAGGCUAAAGCUAAGAACCAUCAUGAUUUGGAGAAAUCUCAAAAGGUAAAAGAUGAAGCAGCAAAACAGGCGGCUGAGCUGCAAAUGCAGAAACAACUGCUUGUAUCCAUGCUUAAGGAUUCAAAUGUUAAGAUCCACGAUUUGGAGAUUUCACUGAAGGUGAACGAUGAAUCAGUAAAGCUGGUGGCUGAGCUGCAGAAACAGAAUGAACAGCUUGAGACGCAAGUAAAAACUCUUUUUUUCUUUCUAAAUCAGUUUCGUCCUUUAUAUAAACUUUUGCCGUGUUGGCAAUAA